UGUCCCCUCUGGGAGGAAACACAUUGAGGCAGUGACGUUCCCGGUCUGGAUCCUGAGUCUGUGUACCGGGAUGGACCUCACAGCUCGGGAAGGGGGACCGUCUGAGCGUUCAGGCUCCUCGUGCGGGACCUACCUGUAAUAUUCGGUCGCUUAGCAACACUCAGGUGAAUCUGGAGCUCGCGCAGGUUCAGCACGGAGGACUGAUUGCGCACCUGGUCCCGAAGCUGGUCCCGGACCUGGACCAGGAGACCAAACAACGGACGGAGGGACGGGAACAGGAACCCUGACCCCCUUAGACCGGACUGUGUGGACCUGCAGCACUGAUCCUCCUGAUCCGGACUCUCUCUCUGUUUAAUGGUGGAUUCAGGAUCCUGUGAGGGCCGGUCCCUGUAACCCGCCCCGGGAAGCGGACUGUAGCGGACUGCAGACUGAGAGAGUCUCCCUUUAACCUGAAGCUAAGCUAGUUAGCUUUAGCAGGUAGCAUAGCCGCCUAGCAUCAAGGCCGAUUCUCUGUUUGAGGACUGAAGGGGGUUUGUUAGUCCCGGACUGGGAGGAUCUGCAGGAUCUGGAGGAUCUGGAUGAUCCGGGGAAGCGGAUCUCAGCGUGCCCCACAUCUGUCCCCGGACCGGGACUCUGGACCGGGACGCCCCGGGGAACAGCUGCUUCCAGCGGCCAGUAGCAGCAGACUGACCCCCCUCCUGAGUCCUGCAGGAUCAGGGUCUCUGAUGUAGACUGUCUCUGCAGGCUGGACUCACUGUACACCUGGUUUAAUCAUAGACCUGCUCUUUAAUUCACCCUAUAGAUCCAGAGGAGGGAUCAGGUCUGAGGCUCCACAGGGAUCCUGGAGGUCACAGCUUUCACCUUCCUUAUCUGUUCUCAUCCUCAAGGACCCCCGACACCUGAUCCACACACCUGCCUGCCUGUAGUCCCGGAUCCAGAGGGGGACCAGCUGCAGACAUGAACUACCAGCAGCAUCUGGCCAACUCGGCCGCCAUCCGGUCCGAGAUCCAGAGGUUCGAGUCCGUGCACCCCAACAUCUACUCCAUCUACGAGCUGCUGGAGAGGGUGGAGGAGCCACUGCUGCAGAACCAGAUCCGGGAGCAUGUCAUCGCUAUAGAAGGCGGACUCAAAGGAGCAAAGGGGGACAGGGAUUUGGGAUGUACCUUCUGGACAGCAGCUGCUCUGACAGGAUGGAGCGGGGAACCCCUCAGAGGAAGACGGUCUACAGGAUCUCCCUCACCCUGGUGAAGAGGGAAAGUCUGGACGAUGAGGACGGAGGGUCGGACCCCCAGAGGCUGGAGAACCCAAAGGUGAGCGCCUUCAGGAGGGAGGGGUCUGUGGAGGUCCAGCGUGGGGGUCUGCUGGAGCAGCUGAAGGAGGUGGAGGACGAGUCUGAGGACUUCUCUUCAUCACACGGUCUCAUGAGGAACUUCAGGACCUUCAGUACCGGGCAGCUGGAGCUGGGCCGGCUCAAACUCUGCAGGAAGCAGAUCCUGCAGAAGGAGCUGAAGGAGAAGGCCACCAGCCCGGUCACAGAGACGCAGGAGACCGUCCCUGCACAGAGUCCAGAGGAGACCAAGAAGGAGGGCGAGGAGAAGGAACCAGAGGACUCACCCAGACCCAAAGAGGAUCUGGACUGUGGAGCGUCUGUGCAGAACGGGUCCACGGAGAAGAAGAAGAGACUCCUAAAGGCAAAGAGCAUGGAGGAGAGCAGCUGUGACCCUCCUCUGAACGGAGACUCAAAGAUGUCCCACUCCAAGAGUAACGGGAAGGCGUCCAAAGUGACCUCCCCUGAGACCCCCCCUCUGAAGCGGCCUCCUGGUCUGCUGCGCCGCAGCUUCAGUUUCAGACACUGGAGCGGUGGCGAGCUGCUGCGUCUGAGAGCGCUCUCUAAAGACAAACACCACAGCAGCUCCGGCUGCAUCACAGGACAUGAUGGAGGAGAGAAGGAUGGAGAGGCUCCUCCUGCUCCAUCCACCUCCCGCCUCUCAGACCCUACCCGGGUCAAGAGCAGGACUCUGGAGAUGGGAGCCGUCCUCAACAAGACGGACUCCAUGUCUGAGCUGAGCCGCUGGGAGAGAGCGCGGGGCAACAAGAACCGGACCCUGGACAACAGCGACCUGCAGCGUCUGGCAGAGGAGAAGGAUGGAGCAGGAGGGGGCUUCCUGCUGAGGGGAGGGGGCGGGCGCUCCAGUGAGAGGCGCCUGGUCCGGUUCUUCAGUGGGAUCUUCUCCAGGAGGGAAGGAGGGUCCAGCUCGAGUCCGGUGGGGAGUCCCAGCUUAGACCGGUCCUUGAGGCGAGGCAGGAGGACGGUUUUGUCCCAGUCCAGCACGGAGAGCAUGAACGGAGGGAGCACAGAAGGUAACGACACAACAGACCUUACUCUGAGCACGCUGCUACAACACACAGGUUCACAGGGUCCCACAAAGGUUCACAGGGUCCCACAAAGGUUCACAGGGUCCCACAAAGGUUCACAGGGUCCCCUGUAG